ACAAAACAAGACAACACAACAUGUCUUCCUUCCCUUCCGUCUUCCUCUUCCCUACCUCGAACUUUUAUCUUCUGCUGCCCGCCGCUAUAAUAGCCAGCCGGCUUGGUUGGUUGGUAUCACCACGGCCACCAAGCUCCCUCCCCUGCUCAGCAGCGGCCUCUCAGAAGCAUAGCAGCUCUUCCUCGCCCCAACAGCCGUUUCCCAGUUCUUUUUCAGCACCAGCACUCCAGCAGGGCACAGCAAGGGCAUCUACUCUGCAUUUCUUCGCCUGAUCCAAUCCAACCGGAGAGAGUGACAGUGAAACCAUUGGACUUCGCGUAGAAACUUCCUGAUAUUUCUAAGGGGCUAUAAGGCAGGGAAUGAGUACAACCAAGGUGAAGAGACGUGUGGGGAAGUAUGAGCUCGGUCGGACCAUAGGUGAAGGCACAUUUGCUAAGGUCAGGUUCGCAAAGAACACUGAGACAGGCGAACCGGUAGCUAUCAAGAUCCUAGAUAAGGAGAAGGUCCUCAAGCACAAGAUGGUUGAGCAGAUUAAGCGGGAAAUUUCGACAAUGAAGUUGAUCAAGCAUCCUAAUGUUGUUCGCAUAUACGAGGUGAUGGGAAGUAAAACAAAGAUCUACAUUGUGUUAGAAUAUGCUACCGGUGGCGAGCUCUUUGACAUAAUUGCUAACCAUGGUCGAAUGAGGGAAGAUGAGGCAAGGAGGUACUUCCAACAAUUAAUCAAUGCAGUUGAUUAUUGUCAUAGCAGGGGUGUGUACCACCGGGAUCUAAAACCUGAAAAUUUACUGCUCGAUUCAUAUGGAAACCUGAAGGUCUCUGACUUUGGGCUGAGCGCGCUAUCUCAGCAGAUCAAGGAUGAUGGAUUGCUGCACACAACUUGUGGAACUCCGAACUAUGUUGCACCAGAGGUCCUUGAAGAUCAAGGCUAUGACGGUGCAAUGGCUGAUUUGUGGUCAUGUGGAGUUAUCCUGUUUGUUCUGCUAGCAGGGUAUUUGCCUUUUGAGGACUCUAAUCUUAUGACGUUGUAUAAGAAAAUAUCAAAUGCAGAAUUUACAUUUCCACCGUGGACGUCUUUUCCUGCGAAGAGGUUGUUAACAAGAAUCCUUGAUCCGAAUCCAAUGACGAGAAUAACAAUAUCUGAAAUAUUAGAGGAUGAGUGGUUCAAAAAGGGCUACAAGCGCCCGGAAUUUGACGAAAAAUAUGACACCACAUUGGAUGAUGUGGAUGCUGUCUUCAACGAUUCAGAAGAGCACCACGUGACAGAAAAGAAAGAAGAAGAGCCAGUAGCUCUGAAUGCAUUUGAACUGAUUUCAAUGUCAGCAGGCCUAAAUCUUGGAAACUUAUUCGACGCAGAACAGGAAUUCAAAAGAGAAACAAGGUUCACCUCAAAAUGUCCACCCAAGGAAAUUGUUCGCAAGAUUGAGGAAGCUGCAAAACCUCUAGGAUUCGAUGUUCAGAAGAAAAAUUACAAGUUGAGGCUCGAAAAGGUGAAAGCAGGGAGGAAAGGAAACCUCAAUGUUGCUACUGAGAUACUACAAGUCGCACCGUCUCUUCAUAUGGUAGAAGUCCGAAAAGCAAAAGGCGACACUCUGGAAUUCCAUAAAUUCUACAAGAACCUUUCCAAGACCUUAAAGGACGUUGUCUGGAAAUCCGAGGAUCUGCAAAUGCAACCUGCUGCUUAGCAGAACCUGAGGAGAGGAAGGAUGGAAAACAAUUUGUGUCUCAUUCUUUCAAGCAGAUUCCAUUUUGGUAGCCUGGAUCAGAAAAUCUGUUCUCCGAAUUAUAUAUGUACUGGUGUGUGGCACAGCAAAUUGUGCUGGUCCUCCACCACUUUUGUAAAUGCUGCAUUUUGAGAGGUCGCAUUGCUUGCUGUAGACUGUAGUUGGAGAGAAGCUCGUUCAGUAGAUUUUGUCAGUAUAUGAGCUUUGUAAAUCCAUGUAUGCCUAUGAAUCAUGUUGAAACACCAUGCACAAAAUCUGUGAAAUGAAGCCAAGUAUGGUUUUUGCA